UGCCACCAGCUCACAGCCACCCUGUGGGACAGAGCGGAAUUGCCCCAGGGUCUCCGGGGCUGCAGAUCUUGAAGGAGGUGCCACGCCUGUCUUCCUCAGAGCAGCUGGUGGAUUCGAACAACUGACGGUUUAGUUAGCGGGGCUUCUGCCUCCUGCCAUGACGGGACUCCCUCCGAGUAGCUGCCACCUCUGAGAGGACCUCCCCCGGUCUGGACCGAGCCCAGCCGGCUGGGCCUCUGCUGUGGGCACCAUGGCAGAGGCCAAGGAGGCCGGCCUGUCGGCGGCUGAGUGGCUGCGGGCUCUGCACCUGGAGCAGUACACUGGACUCUUCGAGCAGCAUGGCCUGGUGUGGGCCACUGAGUGCUACAGUCUCAGCGAUGCCCGCCUGGUGAACAUGGGCGUGCUGCUCCCCGGCCACCGCCGCCGCAUCCUGGCUGGCCUGCUGCGCACCCACGCACCCCCGGUCCCCACCCCCCGCCCAGCCCCACGGCCUGUGCCCAUGAAACGCCACGUCUUCCGCUCGCCACCUGGACCCACCACGCCAUCGCCCACUGCUGGAGAGGACGAGGAGCUGCCCGCUGCGCCCCCCAUUCCACCCCGGAGGAGCUGCCUUCCACCUGCCUGCUUCUCCACCCCACCCACUGCCACCCCCGACCCUGUGCUGCCCCCGCUGCCUACCAAGAGGCAUCUGGCUGAGCCAAGCUUGCCACCCGUGCCCCCUCGCAUGGGGCCUCCCCGCCUGCUGGUGAGCCUUCCUUCCAGGGAGGGGGAGUCAUCGCUGUCAUGCCCUCCCCAGCCGGAGCCUGAGGAGCCCCCCACCACCCUCUCCCGGGGUUCCCCCUGGCCCCCAUCUCCACUACCCAGCCCCCCAGAAGUCCCUCCAAAGCCUCCCCGCCUGCUCCCGGAGUUUGAUGAUUCCGACUACGAUGAGGCCCCAGAGGAGGGGCUGGGGGCCCCAGCCAGCGUGAUGAACCAGAAGGAGGCGCCCCCACUGAGCUCAGUCCCGAGGGCCGUGCGUGUGGCCAGUCUGCUGAGCGAGGGGGAGGAGCUGUCCGGGGACGACAACCAAGGGGAUGAGGAGGAGGAUGACCACGCCUACGAGGGCAUCCCCAACGGUGGGUGGUACAGUGGCGGCCUGAGCGUGCCCUUGUCCAGUGGCCCCUUGGUCCCCGAGCUCCUGCCACACCCCAUGGAUGAGCUGCCCGGGGGUUCUGCCCCCGUCCCACCCAUCAUCAAGGCCGGUUGGCUGGACAAGAACCCACCGCAGGGAUCUUACAUCUAUCAGAAGCGAUGGGUGAGACUGGAUACCCAGUACCUGCGGUACUUUGACAGUAACAAGGAGGCCUACUCUAAACGCUUUGUCCCUGUGGCCUGCAUCUCCCACGUGGCUGCCAUCGGGGACCAGAAGUUCGAAGUGAUCACGAACAACCGGACUUUUGCCUUCCGGGCGGAGAGCGAUGCUGAGCGGAAGGAGUGGAUGCAGGCCCUGCAGCAGGCAGUGGUGGGGCAUCGGGCCCGGCUGCCCAGCACCCAUCUGUUGGGUGUGCCGGGCCCGGAGCUGCCUGACCACUCGGGCAGCCUGGAGCUGCGUGGCUUCAAGAACAAGCUGUACGUGGUUGUGGUCGGGGACAAGGUGCAGCUCUACAAGAACAUGGAGGAGUACCACCUGGGCAUUGGCAUCACCUUCAUAGAAAUGAGCGUGGGCAAUGUGAAGGAAGUGGACCGGCGCAGCUUCGACCUCACCACGCCCUACCGCAUCUUCAGCUUCUCGGCCGAAUCGGAGCUGGAGAGGGAGCAGUGGCUGGAGGCCAUGCAGGGAGCCAUCGCCGAGGCCCUCUCCACCUCGGAGGUGGCCGAGCGAGUCUGGGCCUCGGCCCCCAACAGGCUCUGUGCCGACUGCGGGGCCGCCCAGCCCGACUGGGCCUCCAUCAACCUCUGUGUUGUCAUCUGCAAGCGCUGCGCAGGGGAGCACCGGGGCCUGGGUGCUGGCAUCUCCAAGGUGCGGAGUCUGAAGAUGGACAGGAAGGUGUGGACGGAAACACUCAUUGAGCUCUUCUUGCAGCUGGGCAAUGGCGCCGGGAACCGCUUCUGGGCAGCCAACGUGCCCCCCAGUGAGGCCCUGCAGCCCAGCAGCAGCCCUGCUGCCCGGCGCCGCCACCUGGAGGCCAAGUAUCGCGAGGGCAAGUACCGCCGUUACCACCCGCUCUUUGGCAACCAGGAGGAGCUGGACAAGGCCCUGUGUGCUGCUGUCACCACCACAGACCUGGCGGAGACCCAGGCACUCCUGGGCUGUGGGGCUGGGGUCAGCUGCUUCUCAGGAGACCCCGAGGCCCCCACACCCCUGGCUCUCGCCGAGCAGGCGGGGCAGACCCUGCAGAUGGAAUUCCUUCGGAACAACCGGACCUCGGAGGUGCCCCGGUUGGACGCAAUGAAGCCCCUGGAAAAGCACUACUCCAUUGUCCUGCCCACCGUGAGUCACAGCGGCUUCCUCUACAAGACUGCUUCUGCCGGCAAGCCACUGCAGGACCGCCGAGCUCGGGAAGAGUUCAGCCGGCGCUGGUGUGUCCUUAGUGACGGGGUCCUCAGCUACUACGAGAAUGAGCGGGCGGUGACGCCCAACGGGGAGAUUCGGGCCAGCGAGAUCGUGUGCCUGGCCGUGCCCCGGGCCGACACCCAUGGCUUUGAGCACACCUUUGAGGUGUACACGGAGGGAGAGCGGCUGUACCUCUUUGGACUGGAGAGCGCAGAGCUGGCUCGGGAGUGGGUCAAGUGCAUCGCCAAGGCAUUUGUGCCCCCCCUGGCUGAGGAGCUGCUGACUGAAGACUUUGACCGGCUGGGCCGCCUACCCUACAAAGCUGGCCUGAGCCUGCAGUGGACCCAGGAGGGCUGGUUCUCCCUCUCCGGCUCCCAACUCCAUGCCAUCCUCCCCGAGGGGCCCUGGGAGGAGCCGCUGCAGCUGCGCAAACUGCAAGAGCUCUCCGUACAAGGGGACGAGAACCAAGUGCUGGUGCUGGUGGAGCGGAGGAGGACGCUGUACAUCCAGGGCGAGCGGAGGCUGGACUUCAGUGGCUGGCUGGGGGCCAUCCAGAAGGCAGCAGCCAGCUCAGGGGACACCCUCUCGGAGCAGCAGCUCGGGGACUCAGACAUCCCUGUGAUUGUGUACCGCUGCGUAGACUACAUCACGCAGUGUGGACUGACCUCCGAGGGCAUCUACCGCAAGUGCGGGCAGACCUCCAAGACCCAGAGGCUCCUGGAGAGCCUGCGGCAGGACGCCCGCUCCGUGCGCCUCAAGGAGGGUGAGCAGCACGUGGACGACGUCUCCUCGGCGCUCAAGCGCUUCCUGCGCGACCUGCCUGAUGGGCUCUUCACUCGGGCCCAGCGCCUCUCCUGGCUGGAGGCCUCAGAGCUCGAGGAUGAACAGAAGGUGGUUAGGUACCGAGAGCUGCUGGGCCAGCUGCCCCCAGUUAACCGCGCCACGGUGAAGGCCCUCAUCGGCCACCUGUACUGUGUCCAAUGCUUCUCAGACACGAACCAGAUGAACACUCACAACCUGGCCAUUGUGUUUGGGCCCACGCUCUUCCAGACAGACGGGCAGGACUACAAGGCCGGCCGUGUGGUGGAAGACCUCAUCGGCCACUAUGUGGUGGUGUUCAGUGUGGACGAGGAGGAGCUGAGGAAGCAGCGGGAGGAGAUCACUGCCAUUGUGAAGAUGCGCGUGGCGGGCACUGCCAGUGGGACGCAGCAUGCCGGUGACUUCAUCUGCACCGUGUACCUGGAGGAGAAGGCAGCCGAGACGGAGCAGCACAUCAAGGUUCCCGCCUCCAUGACAGCUGAGGAACUCACCAUGGAGAUCCUGGAUCGCAGGAACGUGGGAAUCCGGGAGAAGGACUACUGGACCUGCUUCGAGGUCAACGAGAGGGAAGAGGCAGAGAGGCCCCUGCACUUUGCAGAGAAGGUGCUGCCGAUUCUGCACGGGCUGGGCACAGACAGCUACCUGGUGGUGAAGAGGUACCCGUCCAUGGAGGCCAUGCUGCUGUACCUGGCCAGCCGCGUAGGUGACACCAAGCACGGCAUGAUGAAGUUCCGAGAGGACCGCAGCCUGCUGGGCCUGGGCCUGCCCUCCGGAGGCUUUCACGACCGCUACUUCAUCCUCAACAGCAGCUGCCUGCGGCUCUACAAGGAGGUCCGGAGCCACCGGCCUGAGAAGGAGUGGCCAGUCCGCAGCCUCAGAGUCUACCUGGGAGUGAAGAAGAAACUCCGGCCGCCCACCUGCUGGGGUUUCACGGUGGUACACGAGACGGAGAAGCACGAGAAACAGCAGUGGUACCUGUGCUGUGACACGCAGAUGGAGCUCCGGGAGUGGUUUGCCACCUUCCUGUUUGUGCAGCACGACGGCCUGGUGUGGCCCUCGGAGCCUUCCCGGGUGUCUCGGGUGGUGCCCGAGGUUCGGCUGGGCAGCGUGUCGCUGAUCCCCCUGCGUGGCAGUGAGAACGAGAUGCGACGGAGCGUGGCCGCCUUUUCCUCCGACCCCCUGUCCCUCCUCCGCAACGUCUGAGCACAGGAGCUGACCCCACCCGGAGCGACUGUGAAGCCUGCUUUCCUGUCUGACAUCCCUCUCCCCCUGCGGCCUGUCGUUAGCCAGCAAGGGGGCCAUGAGGAAGCCGCGCCCCCACGCCCCAGCCCUGACUGCAGCACUUGGGUCCGUCGGUUCCCUGGCUGUGGAUGGAGGCCACAGGGGCAGCCUAGGAAGGAACCUGGCCUGCCCUGUCCAAGACCUCAGCCUGGCUGGACCUCCUCCCCCAGGAUAGAACAUGCUGGAGGCCGUGGGACACCCCACCGGAAGGGAGCUGCCCCUGCCAUGAGCCCCAGGACAACAGUGAGCGGGUGGGCAGGGGACUUGGGGGAUCGCCUACAGACUGCCAAGAGCUGGACUUUGGGGACAUCAGCCUCUCUUCUGGGCUAACUGUGAGGGCCCAGGCUGCUGACUGCCCCUACCCCACUUUGGGGGCCUUUUGAUAAUAUAAAUAUAUCUGUAUAUUUUA